UGACAGCACUGUGAAGAAAAGCAGGGGACUCGCUGCCUUCCCUCCUCCCGCACGGCAGGACCAGGAGAGCUCGCCCCGCAGCCGGGCAGGACUGAUGGGGCAGAGGAUGUCAGGCAGCUAGCCCAGGACACCCCCCGGCAGGCGGGAGGGACAUGUGCCUCCCCCUCCCAAUGGAGAUCCGACGUGCUUUGCCCCAGGAUCUCCGGGAGCUGCUGCACUGCCUGAAGAUGAGGAGCAAGUAUGCCAUCCUGCUGGUCUUUGUCAUUGGCCUCGUCAUCAUUGAGAAGGAGAACAACUUCAUCUCCAGGGUGUCGGACAAGCUGAAGCAAACCCCACAGGCACUGGCAGAGGCCAAUGGCACAGAGGCCAGCCCGGCACCGGCUGAAAAUGGCUCGCUGGCCUCACUACGAGAGCUGGAUGCUGCCUUCUCCCACUUGAGGUCCCACUUGCACAAUGUCACCCUGCAGCUGGUGGGCGAGGGGGACCCUGGGCCACGGCGACAUGUCCUGCUGAUGGCCACCACCCGCACCGGCUCCUCUUUUGUGGGUGAGUUCUUCAACCAGCAAGGCAGCAUCUUCUACCUCUUUGAGCCCCUCUGGCACAUUGAGAGGACGGUGACCUUUGAGCCAGGGGGAUCCAACGCGGUAGGCUCAGCCCUGGUUUACCGGGAUGUCCUCAAGCAGCUGCUUCUCUGUGACCUCUACAUCUUGGAGAGCUUCAUCUCACCAGCCCCUGAGGGCCACUUGACACCCUUCAUGUUUCGGCGAGGCUCCAGCCGCUCGCUCUGCGAGGAGCCUGUCUGCACCCCCAGCGCCAAGAAGGUCUUUGAGAAGUACCACUGCAAGAACCGCCGCUGUGGCCCCCUCAACAUCACCCUGGCUGCUGAAGCAUGCCGGCACAAGCAGCACGUGGCCCUGAAGACUGUGAGAAUCCGGCAGCUGGAAUUCCUGCAGCCGCUGGUGGAGGACCCUCGGCUGGAUGUGCGCAUCAUCCAGCUGGUACGGGACCCCCGGGCUGUCCUGGCCUCCCGCAUGGUGGCCUUCUCCGGCAAGUACGAGACCUGGAAGAAGUGGGCGUCUGAAGGGGAGGCUCCUCUCCAUGAGGAAGAGGUGCAGAGACUGCGGGGGAACUGUGAGAGCAUCCGUCUGUCAGCAGAGCUGGGGCUGCGGCGGCCGGGCUGGCUGCGGGGCCGUUACAUGCUGGUACGCUAUGAGGACGUGGCGCGGGCGCCUUUGCAGAAGGCAGAGGAGAUGUACCGCUUUGCCGGGCUCCCCCUCACCCCCCAGGUGGAGGAGUGGAUUGGCAAAAACACCCAGGCGCCCCGUGACAGCAGCGGCGUCUAUUCCACCCGGAAAAACUCCUCCGAGCAGUUCGAGAAGUGGAGGUUCAGCAUCCCCUUCAAGCUGGCACAGGUGGUGCAGGACGCCUGCGCCCCGGCCAUGCGGCUCUUCGGCUACAAGCUGGCCAGUAGCCCGGCUGCCUUGGCUAAUCGCUCUUUCAGCCUGCUGGAGGAGGCACAGCCCUCCUGGGUCACAUAACGGUGGCAGGGGGACAGCAGCAGGGGGCAAUGAGGGGCUGUGGCUGUGCUCCCGGCCAGCACCAGAGGAGAACCAGGGAGGUCCCUGCUCCUGGAGAUGCUCCUUGUCGCUGCCAGGUAGAAAUCGGCAGCCCCAGGAGUGGGAGCACCCUGGCAGAGCUGGUCCCUGGGUCCCACAGAGCAUGGAUUACACAGUUUCUCUGGGAAAGGGGAAAUCACAAUGCUGAGGGGAGGUGGGUUUGGCACUAGGGCCACCUCCCCAGCACCAAGGAAGAGGCAGGUGAGGGCAAGCAAAGGGCAACAGGACCAAGCACCUCCAAGUCGCCGCUUCACCCCAGCUAGGACAAGGCAAGGACGAGACUCCUGUGGUGCCUGCAAGGACCCAGACCCCAGAGGCUUUACUGGUUUAGUGCCUUCAUACACCAGCACAGACUGGAAACUGCCCCAGAGGCAAUGCAGGGGCAGGACUCGCCCAUAGAGCCCCAGAUGACUCGUGGGCUGCAAUGAAAUGAGGUGACUUUGUGGUUUGGUGCUCUUCAAAGUUUGGUUUGCGGGUUGUUUUUUUCCCUUUUUCCCAUGUAUUUGCAUACCAGGAUCACCAGGUGAAUUUAUUUAUUAAUUACAUUAAAAAGAGGGGGAGGUAGGGGGAGGCGAAGCCCAAAAAUCCAAGCAGCACAACCAAGUACUGCAAAGAAACUGAGAAGCACACAGAGCUGAGGUGGCAGAAAUUAGAUUUCAUCUGGAGAACACCACAAGCUCUGAUGCAGGAUCCUAGGAGAGAUCCAACAGGCCAAAACCCCACCAGAGCCCCAGAAGAGUGUGGCUGGUGCUGGGGCUGCACCCAUCCCUGGGUCUCUGCUGGAAGAUGGUUGGACGUAUUUAAUUAAAAACAAAAAUACAACAGCACCAAGUCCAAAGCAUCUCCUGUCUACUUGGUGUUCAUGUGUGGCCCCAUCCCAGGGGAGGUGAGGGGGCCCCAGAAAUACUUCCCAACAGCACCUGGUAGAGGCGUGGGGAGUUUGUUCAGCCUGGCGCUGAGCUGCCCCCUCCCAUUCACAUUUAAUGAAUUAAAAUGC